GCAAUAGCCUCCGUGAUGUCUCAUCAACAGAUCAACUAGCCAAUUUUUCACUCUCUCUCUUUUCUUUCUAUGAUAAAACAAGAAAGAACUUGAAGCCAUUUCGUUUUCUUUUUCCUCUCCCAUAUUAUUAGUCUUGCUAUCCAAUUCUUAGCUUUUAAACGCUUUUGCCUUCAAAACGUUGCUUUAUUUCCUUCCUUUUCAAAAUGCAGAAACACGUGCUACCCCCGUGCGUGAUCCAGGACAAAAGCUUUGCAUAAGUGAGUGGCUCCCUCGUAAUUUUAUCUAUCAUUCAUGUCCAAUUUCACUCUCUCCCACCACAACCUCGUUCAUUUAACAACACUUCCCUCUCCAUGAAAACAUAUACAGAAAAAUUAAUAUUAAGAAAAAGAAAAGAAAACCGCCAAAUCCUCUUUUUUUCCUUCCCUCUCCUUUUGUUUCUCGAGAAAAUAAUACUACAGAAUUCCAUGAAGUAAAGAGAGGUUGACGACGCUGUUUCGAGGAGGGUAUUGAAGCAUGACGUCAGGGACGAGAAUGCCGACGUGGAAGGAGAGGGAGAACAACAAGAGGAGAGAGAGGAGAAGGCGAGCUAUCGCGGCGAAGAUCUUCGCGGGGCUUCGAAUGUACGGAAACUACAACCUUCCGAAGCACUGCGACAACAACGAGGUCUUGAAAGCUCUCUGCAACGAAGCUGGUUGGACCGUUGAAGAAGACGGCACCACUUACAGAAAGGGAUGCAGACCAGUGGAUCGAAUGGACAUAGUGGGAGGUUCUGCAUCAGCUAGUCCAUGCUCGUCAUAUCACCCAAGCCCUUGUGCAUCUUAUAAUCCUAGUCCUGGUUCAUCUUCCUUCCCAAGUCCGGCCUCAUCUCAUUACACAGCUAAUGCCAAUGGCAAUGCUGAUGCCAAUUCCCUAAUCCCGUGGCUCAAAAACCUUUCCUCUGGCUCAUCUUCUACUUCAUCCAAGCUUGCUCAGCAUCUCUUCAUAGCUGGGGGAUGCAUAAGUGCUCCUGUUACCCCACCAUUGAGCUCCCCAACUUCUCGAACUCCUCGAACAAGAAAUGACUGGGAUGAAAGGACUGCUGGCUCAGCUUGGGCUGGGCAGCGCUAUUCUUACCUGCCUUCAUCCACUCCACCAAGUCCCAGCCGUCAGGUUUUUCCUGAUUCAGGAUGGCUUUCCAGACUUGAAAUACCCCGAAGUGGGCCAACAUCCCCUACGUAUAGCCUUGUCUCACGAAACCCAUUUGGAUUUAAAGAUGAGGCUUUUUCAGGUGGAGGUUCACGAAUGUGGACUCCUGGGCAAAGUGGCACAUGCUCACCAGCAUUUCCUGCAGGUGUUGAUCAAACAUCGGAUGUUCCAAUGUCUGAUGCUAUUGCUGCUGAGUUUGCCUUUGGCAGUAACUUAACAGGGCUAGUGAAGCCUUGGGAAGGGGAAAAGAUCCAUGAGGAAUGUGUAGCUGAUGAUCUUGAACUUACCCUCGGAAAUUCUAAAACCAGGUAAUUUGGGUGGAUUUAUGGUUUAAGCAUGCAGCAUUUAGCAUAAUUCUUCAUGUGCUGCCUCUGUUGUCUAAUGACUUGCUUUCAUGGAGCAGAUAGAGCUUCAUGGAAGAAAAUGAGAAUCAAGCAACACUUGUGGAAGAGAGUGAGAAUAUUCGCCUUGGGACUUCAUUUGGCUUCAUCCUUUAGAGCAGGAGUUAAAUUUCAUGUCAAAAUCUAAGAUUCUAUGUUUCGGUUGGCAACACUAUGGAGUUAAUACAGUGACUAGAAGCAUCUGUUCCAAUUUCCAUCCCCCACCCAAUCUCUCCUUUCAAGCAAAAGAAGAAACAAAAGAUUAAUUUAUAAAUAGCUAUUUACUGUGAAUUUGCCCCUAAUGUGCAGUUCAUUCAUCCAUUUCAUAUUUUUCUUUCCAAACAGAAAUUCUAGUAACAGCAUUGCCAACGGUAUUGGCUGUUUGGUGUGAUUGUUGGUUUUGUGAUUGGAAGUUAUUUUAAAUGUCUGAGAUUUCUUAUUGCUUCUGAAGUUCUUACACAUCUCUGUUAGUGUUUGUAUGGACUUUUGACGUGUUUCUUCUGAUUCUAUCACCAUUCA